AACGGGAGAGAUUUUUUUUUCUUUUUAGCAACUGCUGUGUGCUGCUUAAAAAUGGGGCUGCGAAAAACCUCUCGCGGUUAGCAGCAGCACGCACGAUUCAGGAAGGAAACGGCCGCGUUUGCUUUGCUGCUCCCCAUAACUCCCUGCAGUUUAAGCCCCUCCAAAACGGCGCUUUCCUGCUCCUUUUUCUUCUUGUUUCUUCUCCUUCUCCUCGUCGGCAUCCUGGUCAUCGUCCUCCUUUUGCUUUGGAGACUCCUCCCCCUUUCCUUGUUGUCUCUCUUGCGGGAUCUCUACGUCAGAGCUCUCGCACCUCUCUCUUAAGCUUUUCUUCUCUGGCCGAUCCUUGAAGCAAGACGCCGGUCCAUGGUCGGAUAAGGAUUUCAGACUGCUGCCCUGGUGCCGCGAUCCUACAAGCUUGUUGUUGAUGAAGUUUUGUUUUGCUGAUUCGAUGCUUCUCGGUUCACACCAAAAUGUUCCUAAAAUGGUUGGAGGCUGGAAGAAACAGAUGGAAACAACAACUGUAAAAUGUUCAGAAAUGAAAGGAAUUCAAUCCGUGCCAUCCAAAGAAGCAGAGGAAGAAAGAAGCAAUCAAGAAGAGCGCGCGCACUUGAUCCAUCGUCCUAUCGGCAGGCAAGGCUGAUCGCCGAUAGGGAUGGAGCAGCUCCGGCAACUCGGCGAGGCGGUGGGUAGCAUCAACGCGCUCAUGGCGUUCGAGGACGACCUCCACAUCAACCCGCGGCAGUGCCGCCUCCUCGCCGACGCCUGCGCGCGCGCGCUCGCCGCCGUCACGGGGCAGGUUCGCGCCCAGCUCCGCUUCGACGAGCGCGGCGCCAAGUGGCGCGCCAUCGAGGCGCCGCUCCGCGAGCUCCACCGCGCCUUCCGCGACGCCGAGGCGUACGUCAGGCAGUGCCUGGACCCCCGCGGCAGCUGGUGGGCGCGCGCCGCGGCCAUGGCGCACGGCACCGAGUGCGUGGAGCAGCACCUCCACAAUGUCCUGUGGUGCGUCGCCGUCGCGCUCGAGGCCAUCGACGCCGCCGGCGAGAUCGCCGGCUCCGACCCGGACGAGCUCGCCAGGGGGCGGCUGGUGCUCGCCAGGAAGUACGACAGGGACAUGCUCGAUCCCAAGCUGUUCGAGCACGCGUUCGGCAAGCUAUAUCUGGUCUCCCAAGAGCUCGUUGCAAGGAUGGACAUGGCGUGGAAGGAGGACAGAUGGGUGAUAUCGCAAAUGUUCGACGAAAUGAAAGGCCCUGCGGCGUCGAAACCUCUGAGCAAAAACGAGCACCGCCUCGCCGAGCUCCUCGCCGCGGCGAUGGGGAAGCUGCACCCGGCAUCUGUCCUUCUUGGCAGCGACUACAGCGUCCGGAGGCGGCUCGGCGGCCGGCUCAAGGAGGUGCAUUGGAUGGGGGAGAGCUUUGCGAUGAAGCAUUUCAUCGGGGACACCGAUGCCGCCGGCGCCGAGGUCGCGCUCCUGUGUUCGGUGGCGCACCCGAACGUCGCGCACGCCGCGUACUGCUUCCACGACGAGGAGAAGAAAGAGUACUUCGUGGUCAUGGACCAGCUCAUGGCCAAGGACCUCGGGAGCUACGUCAAGGAGGUGAGCUGCCCGCGGCGGCGGAUCCCGUUCCCGCUCGUCGUCGCCGUCGACAUUAUGCUGCAGAUCGCGCGCGGGAUGGAGUAUCUGCACGCGAAGAGGAUAAACCACGGCGAGCUGAACCCUUCCAACGUGCUCGUCAAGCCGCGCCAACCCGAUGGCGGCUACGUGCAUGUCAAGGUCGCCGGAUAUGGGCAGCCAGCUGGCAUCACAGCCGGCGGCGCAAAAGCUUCCGCCAAUGGCAACGCCAACGGCAACGACAACUCCUGCAUCUGGUACGCGCCGGAGGUGCUCAGGUCCGACGGCGUCGCGGACGCCGCGGCGGCGGGGAGGUGCACCGAGAAGGCCGACGUGUACAGCUUCGCCAUGAUCUGCUUCGAGCUGCUGACCGGCAAGGUGCCGUUCGAGGACAACCACCUGCAGGGCGACAAGACGAGCAAGAACAUCUGCGCCGGCGAGCGGCCGCUGUUCCCGUUCCAGGCGCCCAAGUACCUCACCGCGCUGACGAAGCGGUGCUGGCACGCCGACCCGGCGCAGCGGCUGGCGUUCGCCUCCAUCUGCCGCGUCCUCCGGUACGUCAAGCGGUUCCUGAUCCUGAACCCGGAGCAGCAGCAGCAGCAGCAGCAGGGCCAGACCGACGACGCGCCCAAGCCGGCCGUCGACUACCUCGACAUCGAGGCGCAGCUGCUGAAGAAGCUCCCGGCGUGGCAGCGUGGCGGCGAGGCGCCGCGCGUCGCCGACGUGCCGUUCCAGAUGUUCGCGUACAGGGUCAUGGAGAGGGAGAAGGCCGCCGGCGCCGUGCACGUCGCCAAGGACAGGGCCUCGGAUUCGGGCAGCGACGGGAACUCGCUGUACGGCGACGAGAACGGGUUCGGUGCAAUGUCGCCGGAGCACACCUUCUCCGCCGUGUCGAACGGCACCCUGCGGUCGCGGCCGGCCAGCAGCGACGGCAGGUUGCCGACGGCCAAGAAGGCGGACGGCAAGGCGCCCAGGCAAGCAGGGCCACAGCCGAAGGUGAAACCCGUGAACACGGCGGCGAGGACUCCGCACUCGGCAAGGCGGGCGCUCGGCGUGAAGCCCGACGAUCACCUCCAGACCAACGGCGCUCCCACCGCCCGCCGGAGGACGCCCGAGAUGGCCUCAGAAUAGCAGCGCAAGCUGCUCUCGUGUUCGUGUUCGUGAUCGAGUUUAAUGGGUAGAACGCGUUCGAUGGAGACGGUUCUUUCCUCUUUCCUUCCGUAGCACAGCGUCUUUUUGCCAGGGGAACCCGAACCUGCAGGGGCAUAUCAAUGGAGGUUUUGCACGCUACUCAUUUGCGUGGAACGAAAUCCCACGUGUUAGGAAUCCUUGUGGAUUGAAAAUGAACGGGUUUUUUUCAUGCUAGUAAGAUCAGCUUCGAUGCGUUGUACCGCAGUUUUUUUUUUCUGUCUUUCUUAUGCAUGGAUUGCAAUCAGUGUUUUGUUAGCAAAGGUAUAAAUUGUGGUCUUCCAACAUCCA